AACUCCGUUUCCCGUGCUGCUCCGGGCGGCCUGGCUUCCGGCGGCCGCAGCCGGGUUGACCCUGCGUAGCUAUGGAGAGCAGUUUCGGCUCGGAUUUCGGGGGUUCGGGCGGCGGGAAGCUGGACCCGGGGCUCAUCAUGGAGCAGGUGAAGGUGCAGAUCGCCGUGGCCAACGCGCAGGAACUGCUGCAGAGGAUGACCGACAAGUGUUUCCGAAAGUGCAUCGGGAAGCCGGGGGGCUCCUUGGACAACUCGGAGCAGAAAUGCAUCGCCAUGUGCAUGGAUCGCUACAUGGACGCCUGGAAUACCGUGUCCCGCGCCUACAACUCGCGACUGCAGCGGGAACGAGCCAACAUGUGACCGCGAUGCGAUGCGGGGCAGCUGCGUGACUGAGCCCCGGGACGGGCCAGCACGCUGAACUGUCCACCCGGGAUCUGGGACUUCGUGGGGGUGCCCUUCCGCAUGUGGGGGACAGUCGGGAUGUGCACCUCACACACGCCUGCAAAGGCAGCAGGGGACUGGGGGGACUGAGGCCCCCGGAGCCCCGAAGCUUGGGAGUUCGGGGUGUCUUCCCCUGGGUUGCUGGGCCCGGCUCAGCCUCAAAAGAGUAUGGGCCUGUUGGGAUGCGGGAACCUGGCUUCGCCCACCCAAAAUAUGACCUCAUGGCAGCAGGCCAAUAAAUCACUGAUGAGGGCAGAGAAA